AUGGCUACUGCGAAAUCCGCCGUUUGUUUGCUGCUUAUUUUGUCGUGCUUUUGCUCCCUUUCAAUGGUGAAGGCUAAUCCCCUUGGGAUUUGCCGUUUCGACAAAAUCUUUCAGUUAGGAGAUUCAAUUUCAGACACUGGAAAUUUGAUCCGUGAGAGGAGGGUGGGGCCCGCCACGGCCUAUGGACGCCUACCCUACGGCCAAGACUUCUUCCACAGGACACCCACUGGCCGUUGUUCCAAUGGUCUUCUCAUGAUUGAUUUCAUAGCAAGAGCCGCAGGACUUCCUCUUCUGCACGCGUACAAGGACCCAAAAGGGGAAUUCAGUCACGGGGUCAACUUUGCUGUGGCGGGCUCCACAGCCUUACCGUUAGACACGCUGGCUGCCAUGCGUGUAUUCUCCCCCGGCACAAGGAGCUCUCUCCACGUCCAGUUGGACUGGCUUUUCACAUAUCUCAACUCCACAUGCACUCAUCAUCAUCAAGAUUGUGUGGAGAAAGUCCAGAACGCCCUCUUCAUGGUGGGUGAAAUUGGAGGCAACGACUACAAUUUCGCGACAUUUCAGGGGAAGAAGUCGAUGGACGAGCUGAGGCGCAUGGUGCCGCGAGUGGUCAAAACCAUUCUCUAUGGUGUUAGGAGAACAAUUGAGUUGGGGGCAAAGAGAGUGGUGGUGCCCGGGAACUUCCCAGUCGGCUGCAUCCCGAUUUACAAGACCGCUUUCCAAACAAACAAUUCAUCCGCAUACGACAAUAACGGAUGCUUGAAGCAUUUAAACGAGUUUGCAGAGUACCACAAUCGGGAGCUUCAAAACGGGAUUAACAGGAUGAUCCAAGAAAAGCCGAAUGCAAUCAUUGUAUACGCCGAUUACUACAAGGCAUACGAGUUCCUCCUCCAUUUCGCAAAGCAUCAUGGAAUGGAUUGGGAGAGGGCGUGCUGUGGGAUUGGGGGAAAGUACAAUUUCAACACGGGGAGAAUGUGUGGGGCCCGUGGAGUUCCGGUUUGUAGGAAUGCUCAUAGGUAUGUGAGUUGGGAUGGGAUCCACAUGACUCAACAAGGUUACCGGAUUAUGUCUGGCUGGUUGGUUCGCGACCUGCUCCCCAAGCUCCAUUGCUUGGAGAGGCUGCCCUGA